AACAAAUGCACCCUAGUGAAUAUACAGACACUUGCAUUGAAUUUCAUAAUGGCAUUUCUUUCAUUGAGAAAGAAUUUUUCCCUUCACUACAUAAGGUAAAGUGAAAAGAAAUAUUUAUUUUGUGCAGUAUGUUGAAGAAGAGCCUCGUGCCCCGUGUGCUCCCAAGGAACGAGAUAUAACACUACAAUGGACCCAGACAUAUACAAUGCACAGAAUGCUGACCCGGUCGAGGCACCUUCGUUCGACCCUGACAUGCAGAGACGGUCAGACAGACGGGCAGUACGCCCACUGGGCUUGGUCGCCCGGGAGAGUCGGUUAGAACGACACAUGGAGAAAGCGCUCUUUCGAAACCAGGUCAAGCUGUUAAGUGAUCUUAUUCAGGCCAGAAAGACACAAGGCGUUUCUUUUCACGACUUGUCGCCGAGACUCGUAUCUAGUCGCCUUUCACAGCAUUCAGUCACGAUCGCUGAAAAGUACAAAUAUGUAAACAAUGCUUUUCAUGCUCGUUACUUCAAUACCGUCUCUCAGAGUGUACUCAAUAUAGCGGACAGACGGAUGGAGGGAUACAACCUUCGAGUUGUCCCUCCUGCAUGUCACCGCCAGGCGGAAGCCAGAAACAGGAUGAAGUCGGCCCAGUGUGAUGUUUUUGGUCCCAAGUUUUGCUCAGACUGCACUCGCAUCAAGAAAAGGGUAAAAAGCGCCCAGGAUCAGAGGAUGUAUUUUCCGAACAUUUCAAUUCAAUCUAAAGCUAUUGUGGCACCGGAAAGAGUGGAGCGGAUUCUGCGGAGUCGGGAGAGGGACUAUUUCGUGAGUCCGCGCGGCGGUGAUACGACUGUCUACGAUCUGAGCAGUAUAUGUAAGGGUCCCGAUGGAAGCGGGCCACACGUUUUUCCGGAAAGUGAAAUUCUGAACAGAGUGAGAAGUGCCAAAAAAUUGGAAGCUCAAAGGGAGGCGGAAAUAGCCGAAAAAGACACUGCACCUAUAGCGCCACCUAGUAGCAGGAGAAACUCGGUGACUCAGUUACCCCCCUUUCCACAGAACAAUGACAUGCGCGUCACUGUAUCGUUUGCCGUGUGAUACGCAAUUACCCAUCAUGACGAAGUUACUUAAUUGUUGUUAAAAACUUCUCAAAGGAUUAUGAGUGAUGUAUACUUCACGGACAUCUUCUCUCAUUCAUGUUUUCGUUCACAGAUGAGAUUUUUUUUUAUACAAUAUACAAUGUAUACAUGUAAAAACCAAGAUAUAAAAGUAUUAAAAACAUGUUUUUUCUAAAUAUAUUUUUUAUAAACCUGAAAACGUAUACACAAUGCAUAAACUUUUUAAUUUUAGUACAUAUGCACAUUUAGUAGUUUUAAGUAUGCUUAUCUGUGUAUCUGUGCGCGGAAGUCUUAAAUUUUAUUACACGCCUUCACGGGAGCCGACCGUUUUGGUAAACUUUACUUCAGAAUCAUUAGAUUAUGUUGUUUACAAAAUCAUUAAAUAAAGCUUGAUUGUUUGAAUAUUCUCAAUAAAAAUGGGUUGUCAAUUUUAAAGAAUUUUUAUCUAAAUGUCAUAUUAAAACAAACGUUUC